GAUGCAUAAUAUUUUUCUAAUAAAAUGAAGUAGGUACUAACAUUAGCUAUGGCUCGAAAGCGCCAGUAUGAUUUUUAUUGCUAUCGCACAACUGUGCGUAAUCAACAAAAUUUAAAACGUAAAGGUACUCAAAUUUCUCCUAUAUUUCAAGAUAUAAGUUUUUCACCUCCUCCAUAUGACGUUAGAACGACCGGUACUACGAUUGAUAAAAGCCCACCUUCCCGUAAAAAUAAGCAAAAUAUUUGUAAAUGCAGGCCAAAAUCUUGGAAAUCGAUUGUUGAUCUCUACAAUAAUCAGGAUACUACUGUGGUAUGGGAUAACGUAGGUCCCAUAACUAACAACUUAGAAGACCAAUAUAAAAUUCAAGAUACUGCGAAAAAAAGCAACUCCAAGAAGGAUAAAAAAGUACGUUCACGAUUAUUUAAAAACAAAGGAUCUUAUAAAAUUUCUCCGAAAAAGAAAUUACAAAAGAAUAAAGAUAAUAAAAAACACAAUAAUGAAGAUGAGUUAUUCGUAAAACCAAAGCUUUACGCUGAAAAUAUCAAAAAAUGUCAUAAAGGACCCUGUAGGGCAAAUAUAGAAGCUGGUAGAAAACACAACUGUAAGUGUAAAAAGCGUAAACAUAGGCGAAAAACAACGACCUGUACAGAUAAGUCCUGUAAUAUAUAUAGAAUUUGCAAUCUGCCAAAAACAUGCUUAGAGGCGAUCUCUUCAAUAUUUAAAAAAGACCAAAAUAUUUCUCAACAAUCUACAGCCAUUAAUAAAAAGCCAAUGUUUGCAAUCAGAGUAGAUUCAUCGAGCUUACAAGUUUUAAACCCCAAUGAAAUUAAAACAAAGGUUAAGACUUUUGGUACUGUAGGCAAGAAUGAUAAAUGCGUCUGUCCAUCGCGAUUAGAAAAAGCAAAGCGAUAUGGUAUAGGUGAAACAUGUGAAGGGGGUGUAUGUGAAGCGGCCAGACAUGGAAAAUAUGAUAAAUUUAAUUGUCACUGCGCAAAAACAGCUCUUAUAGAAUGUUGUGAUACGACAUGUGAUGUUAAAACUUCCGAUGAGAAAUUAAAGAAAGCCACAAACAUUGUCCGAAAAAUAACACCAAAAAUACUUGACAAACCAGUAUUCGAAAUGGUUUUAGAUAAUAAUCACAUGAACGUCUUGAAUACUGGAGAAAUUCAUGAUGUUUUGAGGAAGGCAUCCUACUCUGACAUGUGUCCAACAGGAAUAUGCAGAGCAACAGCUAACAAGGAUAGGAUAUUGAACUGCAAAUGCUUAAGUAAAAAAAUAUCGCCUGUACUACAUGAAUGUAAUAUAAAGACAUGUCAACCAAAAGAUGAGUCAAAGAAGAAGUCGAAAUUUUACAUAUGUACAAAAAUAUGCAGUAGUCUAGAAAGCUGGUGUAAGAAAAAUCGAGGGGAUAUAAAAAACGAAGGGAUUGCUGAUAAGCGUAUUAAUAAUCUUUCAAUAAAAAAAAAUAAGCCAGCAGCAAUGGCUCAACCAGCUACUAAAGGAAAACCUGCAGUUACUAAACUUAAGACGGCUGAAGUUAAUCAAACUGCAAUGACAAAACCUAAGAGAUCCAGGCUUUGUUUUAUAUGUUCAAGAAUAUAUAGUAGUUUAGGAAAUUGGAUUUACGUUUCAGACGAUAAUAAAGAGCAAGAACGUACUGAACCUCAAAGUAAAUGGCGGCUACUUGCGCCACAUCGAAAUGCUCGAAAUGAACCACCUUCCAAACAUAGUAAAAACCCUAAAGUUUCAGAAACAAAACGGAAGCCAAAAAAUACAGAGAAAGUCAUUAAAAAUAAAAAUUUACAAAUACGAAGAAAAGGGAUACAGUUAAUUAAAUCCGUAAGGAAAUUAAAAUUAGGAAAACGGAACAGGUCAUUUGCCACAGCAACAAAUAAAGCGAUGUCAAAAAAGAUGAAACAAAAAGAGGAACAUAUAUCAAAGGAUUCAAGAAAGCGAGAAAAGAUGUUAUUGAAACAAGAAAAACAGAAACAAAAGGAAAUAAUGAAAAGAAAGAAAGAAAUAAAUAAACUUAGUAAUAAAGAAGAACAUCACCUAAAUUGCUUAGCCGCUUUUGUGAUAGGUAUUGUUAAUUUGCAUUUACAGACUCUUAGAGGACUUAUAACUGCUGUGAUAUCUAUUAUUACUGAUCCAAUUCAUUGUUACAUUUACACCAAGCAUAGAGUCAAAGAUCCAGUCGGUUCCUGUAAAAUGUUUAAGCAUUGGUUUAUUAAUACCUGGACAGCAAGGGAUACCAAAAUUUCGUCAGUGGUACAAGAAUCACACCUGAUACAUGUAUUGUCUGACCAUUUGGAAGAUUCUGCUAUAUUUCAAAUGUUUACUAGCAAAGGGCAAACUCCAGAAGAACGUCAAAUGUACGAGAGAAAGAAGAGAAGAAGACAGAAACGUAUCAGAAAACGGCACCAACAAGCCGUUUAUAGUUGCCGUCACACACUCCUGAUGACUUUAAGAAAACAUCCUUGCUUAUGGAUAUAUCAUAUAUGCCCAUUUUUUUAUCCACAGUGUUUAAGUCUUUUAUCGUUUCUUAAAAACUUCUUUCAUUUAUUACUAUAUUUAGCAGCUUUACUGUGUUGGACUCCGUGUAUAAUGUGUAUGGAAGUAGUGCGUGCGUUUUUAUGCUGUGUCGUAUGUACUCAGUAA